CUAAUAUAAAGGAGAGUUGGAAGGCUUAGAGAGUAACUGCCGAAGUGGUUUUGCUUCCGUACAUUCACUACCGCUUCGUUAAGCCAAAUCCUCCAACAUUAACUCUCUGAGACAGAUCUACCAGUGGAGUUUAGUUGAACCGGAUCCACACAAGCAAACAUUUCACAAUCCAUUCUUAUCCAUCAACAGAAGAAGUGACCUGAAGCAAGUGUGGAAGGGACUUCACCAGCCUUAAAAUUACAAGGUUAAAGUAACUCCAAGACCAAAUUGAACAACUGCUGUCUGCAAUUGUCCAACUGGACAUUGGCAUGGAUAAUCUGGAAUCUAAAGGUGGCAACAAUUCUGGUAGCUCUGAACUCAAAGAUUUUACACAUUCACAGGAUGGACUGCAAAGAAAAUGUGAUAAUGAUGAUUUAGAAUGUACAAUGUACCAUGCAAACAGUGAUGAUGGAAGGAAGGAAAAUAAGGAGAAUUAUGCUGGAUCAACUUCCAUGUACAUGUCUGUGUUUAACCUGAGCAAUGCUAUUAUUGGCACUGGGCUCUUAGGCUUAUCGUACGCAAUGGCCAAUACAGGGAUUAUACCAUUUGUGUUCCUUUUAAUUGUUAUCGCAACGUUGUCACUUUAUUCUAUUCAUCUUUUGCUCCAGAUUUCAGUCUUGACAGGUUCCAUGGUUUAUGAAACACUGGGACAACAUGCAUUUGGCAGACCUGGGAAAUUAGCAGUAUUUGGAUCAACGUCACUACAGAAUAUUGGAGCCAUCUUGAGUUACCUGUUUGUUGUCAAGAAAGAACUACCUGAGGUCAUCCAAUCCUUUACAGGUCAAGACAGUUCUGAAGCAUGGUAUUUGAUUGACCGUAACCUUGUUAUACUUGUGACUUUAAUCAUCAUUCUGCCCUUGUGUCUAUUCAGGAAUAUAGGGUACCUUGGAUACACAAGUGGAUUUUCACUCGCAUGUAUGAUUUUCUUCCUAAUUGUUGUUAUCUACAAACAGACACAACUUUCCUGCGAUACUUCAGUAUCAACUAAUAUUACGGACCUUGUUUGUACAAUUACGUGUACACCAGAAUAUUUUGUCUGGAAUGAUAAGACAGUUUAUGCUUUGCCCACUAUGGCCUUUGCCUUUGUCUGUCAUCCGUCAGUACUGCCCAUCUAUCGUGAGCUUAAAGAUCACACAUGCAAAAAAAUGCAGGUUGUUUCAACGAUAUCCUUCUUCUCAAUGUUUGCCAUCUACCUGCUUACAGCAAUAUUUGGGUACCUGACCUUCUACAACACGGUUAAUGAGGAGCUGCUUUUAUCUUACCGUGAUCAUGGUGACAAACUCAUUUUGAUACUUCGCUUGGCUGUAAUAACAGCUGUAGUUCUAACUGUUCCAGUCCUUCUGUUCACAGUCCGCUCUUCAAUUGUCUUGUUGGUGUUAAAGGGGAAAUUCCGAUGGCUCCAUCACUUUAUUAUUACAUUCUUUCUUCUCACUGGUAGCAGCCUUUUGGUUAUAUACAUUCCAUCGAUAAUGGAUGUAUUUGCUGUUAUUGGCUCGACUUCGGCUAACAUGCUGAUCUUCAUUCUUCCUGCAUCCUUAUAUUUAAAACUUGUAAAGAAUGAGCCUCAAAACAGCUGGCAAAGAAAAGGGGCUAUGGCUUUUCUAGCUGUUGGGAUAAUAUUCAUGUUCGUCACUGUACCAUUGAUCUUUGUUGAAUGGAACAAAAGAAGCAGCAACAACACCAGCACAGGCAGCUGUUCUGGCCAACACUGAUAUUAGUAACGGGAUGAAGACAAGGCAAGCUUUCUCGGCAGUACAAGGCAUUGUUUGGAUCAUCAGAGGUUAUGACACUUCUCAGUUUUUUUUUGCACAAAGGUCAUUGCAAGAAAAGACAGCCCUAUUAAAAUUUGGAUAAUGUGAUCGUACACUUCUGAAGCUGCUGUCUUCAUAGAUGGACAACGAUAAGUAAAUUUUAGUUUUGCCCUUGUCUCAAAAUUGCAUGACUUUUUUUUAAAAAAAGGAUUUCCACUAUUAAAUUCGAACUUGCUAAAGAGCUCCUUGGAGUGUCCAGUAUUUCCCGAAACUCUAACUGUCAAUGUAUUUCUUGGAUUAUUUUCCUGCUUUUUAGCAGAUUAUUUCAUCUUGAUUAGGCUUUUUAGAAAUGGAUUUAAUUUCUUUGGAACUAAUACAAAGCCUAAACCUUUCUGCCCAGCCUCUCUAUUAUCUAUUUUAAUUUGGCACAUUGUUGUGCUUUGGAGAAAUCGUCCUACCUUAAUUGUAACAGGACUCAAUAAUAAAACAUGGUUGAAAUUACGUCCUGCUACACAAUAACUUAAUACAUUUCUCAUAAGUGCCUCUCUUUGUAAUAUUGGUGGGGACAAGAGCAUUUUCUGGAUUAUUAUUUGCCUCUUACUGAAUUGCUCCAUUGUUAAACCUAGAAUGACUGUGGCACAGAAAGAGGUCAUUUGGAAAAGUGAAAGAAUCUAGGACCAAAGGGAAUAAGUUCAGAAUAAGGGGAUCACACAUUUAAAACAGAGAUGAGGAGAAAUUUCUUCUCUGAGGGGAGUGAAUCUGUAGAAUUCCUUACUGCAUAGUGUUUUAAUGUUUUUAUGUUCAAGGUGGAUAUAGAUUUCAUAUCAGGAAGGGCAUCAUGGCUUAUAUGGAAAAGGCAGAAAGUGGAGUUGAGGAUUACCAGAUCAAUCAUGAUCUCAUUGAACAGCAAAGCAUGCUUGAUGGGCUGAAUAGCCUACUUCUGCUCUGGUGUCUUACAGUCUUGGCCAUUCAUGUUUGUAAUGGUUCUCUAAAAGAGCAGCUGAUCUGGACCUACUCCUUUGCCCAUUCUCUGUGGCCCUGCAGUUUUUCUUCAGACCUAAUUCCUCUUAGAACCUGCCUCCACCACAAUCUCAGGCAGCACAUUCCAGAUCCUAUCCACUCACUGUGUUUCUCUUCAUGUUGUCUCUUCUUUCUUUUAACAGUCCAAACAGAUUCUCAAACUUUUCACUGAUUGAAACAGUUUCAUUCUGUCUACUGAGUCUAGACCCCUCAUGAUUUUGAACAUAUCUAUCAAAACUUCUGUUGAAGGAGUUUUGUUUUUAUUCAUUGACAGGAUGAGGGUGUGUCUGGCCAGGCCAGCAUUUAUUGCCCAUCCCUAAUUGCC